CUUGUAAACACAACGCUCCGCCAUGACUGUGAAUCAGUCGCAUCCACGUUGUUGUAAGAUUUGAUUUGUUUGGCCACUUGCAAAUGUCCAUGUAAACAACACUACCACUACUCGCUCCUGUGAGUUGGACUUUUCCCUCUUUUCCAAUCAGUCGUCUUUUAUCCUCUCACUAUGGCACAACCGGCAGAGAAAGAUUACUAUCGCUUCGUGGUGCUCUUCUUCAACUGCCUGUUGACGUUCGGCUCCUACUUCUGCUUCGACAUGCCCAGCGUUUUGCAAAACCAGUUUCAAGGAAACCUGACAUGCCCCAAUGGGACGGUGGACUGUGUGGAGGGCUUGGGGAUGACCCCUCAGGAGUACAAUCUUCUUUAUGCGAUCUAUGCGUGGACGAAUGCCGUCGUGGUGAUCCUGGCUGGCUUCCUGAUUGACAAAUUGGGCAACCGAUUCGGAGUCUUCCUCUUCUCCUUCUUGUGCGUUUUGGGUUCCUCCCUGUUCGCCCUGGGCUCCCACUUUAAAGGAACUCCGUACCUGAUGCCGCUAAUGCUCACGGGACGACUCCUGUUCGGAUCAGGCAACGGAUCUCUGACCAUCGUUCAGAACCGGAUCACUGCCUUCUGGUUCAAGGGGAAGGAACUGGCCUUAGCCUUUGGCCUGACCUUGGCGUUCUCUCGCCUGGGCUCAGUCCUCAAUUUCUUCCUCACGCAGCGGUUUGAGGAAAGAUUUGGCAUGCAGUGGACCCUCUGGGGUGGCGCCGUCUUGUGUGUGCUGGGUUUUACAUCGGCUAUCGUAGUCAGCUCCCUGGACAAGGUGGGAAUGAGGCAGCUCGGUCUUGAAGGGGUCAUCCAAGAGGAAUCUCGCAAAGUGAGAAUUCAGGAUGUGAAGCAGCUGUCCCUGAGAUACUGGCUGCUGGUUCUCACUAUCAUGUUCUUUUAUAACGGAAUCUUCCCGUUCAUUGCUGAUGCCAGCAAAUUCAUUCAGGAUAAGUACGACGACUACACUCAGAAGGAGGCGGCCUAUAUCGCCGGCGCUGUUUACGACAGCUCACUCGUCCUCUCCGCCAGCGUGGGCAUUCUCAUAGAUUACGUGGGUCUGCGAGGCAUUUUCGCCGUGUCCUGCGCCGUCCUCACGCUGCCCGUGUUUGGGCUUCUGGCCUUCACUUUCGUGGCUCCUCUGGUCUCCACCAUCUGGCUGGGAGUCACCUACUCCUUUGCUGCGGCGAGCAUGUGGCCGUCCAUCCCUCUCGUGGUGCCUCAAGCGACCAUCGGCACGGCCAUGGGCCUCGCGACCUCCGUCCAGAUGAUCGGGAUCGGUAUCGCCAAUCUGGUUGUCGGGCAGAUUUUGGGCACUAAAAACGGCGACACGAAGAUUCCGCUAUGGCGGUGGCAGAGGAUGAUGAUCUUCAUGUUGGCCAACACCAUCGCCUGCAUCGUCACCUCGGUGCUGCUCAACGUCGUCGAUCACAGACGGGGUGGGACACUGAACAAGCUGACCAAAAGGUCGGCACAGGCGGAGCGAGAGUCUGACACGGAGUCGCUCUUCCGUGGAGAGGAAGUGGGGAGCGAUGAUGAGAGCGAUGCCGCGCCGCCGUCACACUCCAUCAACUCUGUCAACGCCUGACUUCUCCAAGUGUCCUCAAGUUUGAACAUUUCUCUCAACCUCCUUUUCGAGCAAUUUGAUUUGGAUGACGAUUUUGGAGAGACUGUUUUUAAUUGAAUUUCAAGGAUUUUUACAAGACACUAAAUGCAGAUCGAGGAUGUAUUUUUUUCUUCUUUUGCCUAAAAUGUAUUGUAUGAUUUUACUGUAUAGUUAAAUACAAAAAAGGUAAUUUCUAUAUAUCAAAUAAUCAAAACAUAUGGUAUUGAUUACUAACAACACUACCGUGACUGUUACACUUUUGAUGUUUUUACAGCAGUGUAAUUAUUAUUAUUUUGAACUAUUUAUCGCCAGUGGUUUUAAUGUCUUCGUGAAGAAGGGAAUUAGAACAAGUCAUAGCACAAUUAAAAAAAAAGUUAACCAAAAGUGAACACACUUCCUUCAAAAUGCACACAGUCAGAUAUGACUUGAAUGUUAUGUACAGAUGGUUUGAAAUCCCUGCAGAAGUUCUUGCAAGCUAAACCAUAAAAUAUGUUUAAAAUAAAACAUUUAAGAAAGUAUAAAUUUCUCUUCUUCAUCAGUGAACUGAAAUAAUUUUUGUGGAAAGGCUAUUUUAGGUACUAGUCAGUGUUCAGGCAUUUGUGUGUCUUUCUGGGGAGGUAAAUUUUAUGCAUGACAGCGCAUAGGUGGCGCUAUGGUAUUUAUUUAGGCUAUGCUCCGUUUUUAAAUCCUCCCUACAAUACUGGAUUAAGAGUCCUACAAUAUUUGUUGCAUUAAUUUAGAUUGUCCCCCCUCCCAAAGAAAAAAAAAAAAAAAAAAAAUCGGUUAGUUUAAAG